AACUGUUUUGGCGCGUAACAAAACGGAUUAAUUACAGGUUCCUGUAACUCCCGAAGGGGGUGACAUCUUUUGAUAUUUUCCCUUUUGACAAGUCGGACCAUUGUAACCAAUUGGAGAGACUUUAAUAGUGAAUCAACGAAGACGACGCUAUAUUUUUAUUCCGAGAACGCACUUCUAUGGUAACGUGUUCUAGCGUAGCCAAUAUAAGGACUUAAAUAUUCCAAGAUAGUUUAAAACAGACAAUAAUAACAAGUUAAAAUCUAUGGUUAAAAUGUCUCCUUAAAAGCCUUUCAAAAGCCAAAUUUGUAUGCCUUUUAAAAACUAAUGUUUAAAAAAAAUAAUUUUUCUUCUGCGAGUGUUCCAUUUGUUAAUUGAACAAAAGUAGAAAAUACUGAUUGACAGCUGUACCAUUUGAGAUAACACAACCUAACCAUAACCUUGAUACCUGUCACAUUUUGACCAGUCUUCCUUGAAGUGCCUGUGUAGGUCAUUUAAACAAACAUUAAUAAAUUACCCUUUUAAAGCGUACAAUUUAAAUUCUGAAGAAGAUGGCAGCUUUAGCUAGAAAACUUGUUGAUCAGUUAAAAAGCAAGGAAUUCCGCGAAUAUUUGAUGAGCACGCACUUCUGGGGGCCCGUAGCAAACUGGGGUAUACCCAUAGCAGCCAUAAGUGAUAUAGGAAAAGAACCGAAAUAUAUUAGUGGAAAAAUGACAAUAGCUUUGUGCCUUUAUUCAGCCAUGUUUAUGAGGUUUGCGUGGAAGGUUAAACCACAAAACAUGCUGUUAUUUGCGUGUCACAUUACUAAUGAAACUGCUCAACUGAUUCAAUUAACUCGAUUUAUAAAUUAUAAUUAUCUUUCAGAACCUGAAAGCAAACAAGAUAAAAAAUAACAUUUGAAUUUUAUUAAUUCCAGUAAUAGCUAUUUUAAAUUUAUAAUUCGUGUAAUGAAUAUAAAUUAUAUGUUCCAAUCAGUGUUGCUCAGGUAGCAAAAUUUGUGAUUAGAUAAUGGAAUUACAGUAGCUUUAUAGGACAUUAUUAAAAUGUUGAUAUUGCACUGCCUGUUGCUCAAUUUUAUCUGUCUUUGUAAAUAUAAGAUUUCGAGAUUUAUCAAUGUUGAUUUAUGACUAAUGUAAAAAAAUGAUUGUAUUUUUAAUAGAAAAAUAGAAUGAUCUUUGUAUAUUUUUAGAAAUAAAAUACGUUUCUGUUACUUUUUUAA